UACUCGGGCGUGUGUCUGCGUGUGUGUGCUGCCACUUUGACACCCAAACGCACUGUGCGCGCACGACGUGCCGCGCCGUUCUACGCCGCACCGUGCCGUGAUUUGCCGUUCAUCGCCUCUGCAGCCAGAGGGAAAGGCUUAACGGCUCGCACACAGACAGGGAGGCAACGACAAACCCGGCUCAUUAAGAUCUCGUCUGCAGACCCUCCACCGGUCGCGCGCAGUAGCCUACUACUACAACAGCUCCUUGCGGUGCUGCUGGUGCUGCCGACGGAUCUCAAAGCGCAGAGCGACACACGCGCGCGCUAAAGGUGUGGAAGAGAGGGAACCCACUCGGUACAAUGGAACCGAACCCGAGCCGUUAAAAGGUUCAGAGAUAAACGCACACACAGCAGCUGACAGAGAGACCAAACGUUGUGGAGGUUAAUGGCGAAAACGGGAAAGAUCUGAACUUUGGAGGAUCUGCUGUGAGGAUAACGUACUGCCCAACAAUCUGACCGGCACAACGAGGAACGGGAUCACAGUUUGCAUCAGUGUGUCAAAGGGAAAGCCAACAGAAUGGCGCGCGGUGACAGUCGUCUGGGCACCUGGCAGGUGCUACUGACCAUCUCAAUAGUCAUCAGCCCCUUGUCUGCUCACAAGAGACAUUCCAUGGCCAGGCGCCAUCAUCACCACAACCAAUCAUCUGUCAACAAGGAAGCUUUGAACACCAGGAUGGUGCUCAGUGACGACUCGGCAGAGAGGGACCACCUGAUCGGAGCAGGGCUCGGGCUCGGGGCUAAACUCCCAGUCAGGUUCACCACAUACCGCCGUUCUCAUAAACAUGCCCACCUAGACGUCGUAGAGGAAGACCCAACUGUAGGGGAGGAGCUCACUGCCGGAGGGGCGGGUCCAGACCAGCCCGGAAAUCCCAUGUCCGAUGACGUCAUCACCGUGGAGUUUCACAGCCCUGCGCCCGAUAUUGUGCCCUCUGACGUUGCUCUGGAUUGGGCCAAAGCCCCAAAACCCGAGAAGCAAAAAGGGGGAGACCCUACUGCUUGGACGCUUUCUGACUUUUACGAUUACCUGUCCCCUGAUGAUGACCUCUCGGCGUUAGAUACAACCCCAGAACCUGAGCCCACCCCUUCACCCCCGCCUGAAAUGGAAGACGAGAAUCCGCUCCUGGCUGGUUCUCCUGCUGUUCCUGACACCGAGAGGCCUAACGUGGAUAGCGGACCCUCCCUAACAGCUCCGCCCAUGCCAGACCUGGACAAAGGUGAUGGGUUAGGCUUAGGUGGGGCCAUGGGGGCCGACGGCUGCAGGCUGGGCUUUGUGCGCUCUGGCCCUGGAGUUUGUGUGUCUCAGUGUGACAUUGAACUCAAUUUCUGUUUCAAUGGAGGAGUGUGCACCGUAGUAGCAGGAAUGGGAGCCUUCUGCAGGUGCAAUGUGCAGGAUUACAUCUGGAACAAAGGCACACGCUGCGAUUGGGCGGUCACAGAGUUCCAGGUGAUGUGUGCGGUGGUGGGCGUGUCCUCAGUGGUGGUCAUCUUCUUCUUCAUGAUCAUCGUAUUCUUUGCCAAGAGGCUGCAUCGCCUCAAGAAUGAGAACAAGCGCCUUCGCAAACGCAGUAAGUACCGCCCACAGAGCACCGAGCCACAGACAGACGGCCUCUCCGUUUCCACCACAGCCGACGGCUCGCAGCCAAACGUAAGGAAACUGUGCGACACCCCUCCGUCUGCUCCCCAAGCUCACACUCACAACCUGGCGUACUAUGACAACAUUAUCUGUCAGGAGGAUCCUCAGAAGCAGGAGGACCCAGCGAAGUCUGCACAAGCCAAGGAAGAGGGGUCAAUGAACAUCCUCAACUCUCAUUCCCCCAAACACGAGAACAACCGUCCAACCUCCGUCGUCCACGACCCGGCCCACACCCCUAACAACACAGAGGAGAACGCCGAGGAUGGAGUCACAAUUGGCCUGGAAGUGCUCCUCCCCAAAGAGGCAAAGCUCCACUCAGAGACCAGCUCACCCCUUCAGUAUGAUGUCUUCCUCUACAAGGUGGCCAACGAAGGAGACUCCACCUCUCCCAGCCAAGCCCCUCCCACUCACAGCGCCAACUCUUACUCCUUCUCUCACCCUAUACCUAAAUCGGCAAAAACACCCAAGACGCCCAAGACGCCCAAGGUGCCUAAGUCACCCAAAUCACCCAAACACACCAAGGAACACCCUCCCAGUAACCGUGAGCCCUUGUCCGGGAGGCACUCCUCACCUGGCCGUCACUCCUCACCCGGUCACAACCCAUCACCCUGUCGUCACUCUGCGCCUGGUUGCUAUUCUUCCCCCACCUGCCAUCCGUCCUCCCAUCACUCUCCCCUCCCGGUUCAAAUGCAUGCCCACCUCCUCCACCCCGCCUCAGUUACGGAGGCCAAGAGGUCGGUCGCAAGCUCCCGGCUCAGAGCGCUCUGGGACUGGGAGGGAGUACCAGAGUGGACACCUUCGUCCAUCCCCCUCCUCCCCUCACCUCACCCAGCCUUAUCCAUCACCAUCCAGGGUGAAGUACAGCCCGGUCAGCACCCGAUCCUUGCCACCACUCUCCUGACCUGGCCUCCACGCAGCCUGGCAUCCAUACACUGACACGCACAAACAUCUGUCAUAAUCUAAUCUAUCCAGCGAUAUGUCCAUCAUGGCUCUAACUUUUUAUUAGUGACUUAUAGAUUAUCCAUCCAUUUAUCAUCCAUCUUUGUACCCUGCCUCCUCACAUUUAUACCCAGAGCAGGAGCACAUCACCUGGUCUUGGUUCCAUGGAGCCAGAAAACUAGAACUGGGACAACUCUGCGUACACCGCACUCUCAAACUCAGACAUGGAUGCACCAAAAUGCACACAUACAACACUGUGUAGUUGCUGCAGCCAAACAUUCACACCUUUAUGUAAAUAACAACCUCCCAAAACUCAGGUUACUGCUCAAGCACAAAAUGAACCACUACACGUGAAUAUGCUCUGCUAGCAUGGUGCCAAUGACUACUGAGGAUAUUGUUCAUUAAGGUUUCAUAGAGGUUUACUACAUUAGCCUUAGUAUUAUCAAUGGUUUAUAUACAUUUUUUGCUAUUCAGUGUGUAAGAUUGUUUCAUGUCUUCACAGGCUUUUUGGUAUGUUUUCAUGUUUCUAAUCCUAAAUAAAUAGUUAAUA